CUCCUCAGCACGUUUGUGGUCGCCGUUCAUCACGAACACACUCAUCAUGACGAAAUUGAGGACCAGAUGCCGCUCGGUUAUGUGAAGUUCCCCUAUCAAGCGACCUAUCCAGGCGACAACGAAGUCACGGCAGACUCGAUUUUCUCUGGCAUCACAACGUUCGCUCGGCUUCCCUGGUCUCAGUGCCUGACGGAUAAGACUGCAGACUUUGACAUCGCUUUCCUCGGUGCUCCUUUCGACACCGGUACCUCAUAUCGCCCAGGUGCUCGCUUCGGACCGUCGGGCAUUCGUGCUGGAUCCCGCCGUCUUACUUUGUAUGGGGGCUACAAUGUCCCGCUCGAGACGAAUCCGUUCAAGAUGCUCAAAGUUGUCGAUUGCGGAGAUAUUCCUGUCACGCCAUACGAUAACGCCCGUGCUAUUCAACAGAUCGAGGAUGGGCACAAAGAGCUUCUCCACCGCACUCCUUACUCCCCUCUGGGCAACGACUCGCUCACCGGACAGCCGCUGAUUCCCUUGUCCCUCGACGGCAAACAUCAUCCCCGAGUCAUUACGCUUGGCGGAGACCACACGAUCGUCUUGCCCUUGCUGCGCUCUAUCUACUCCGCAUAUGGUGCUAUCAGUGUCAUUCACUUUGACAGCCAUCUGGACACUUGGAAACCGAGCGUGUUUGGUGGCAGCGAUAGUAAAGGCAUCGGAGGGGGCGCACUCAAUCACGGAACGUACUUCUACUGGGCCAGCCAAGAAGGAUUGAUAAAUAAUGGUAGUUCAAUUGCAAGUCACGGUGCGAUUCGCACUACACUUUCCGGGCCUGCCGACUAUGAGAAUGACGAUACUGCGGGUUUCAAGCGGAUCGAGGCGAGGGAGAUUGACACUCUAGGCGUCGACGGCAUUGUAGCAAAGAUCCGUGAGACCGUAGGCGACAAGCCAGUUUAUCUCUCUAUUGAUAUCGACUCAAUUGACCCGGCCUUCGCUCCUGCGACGGGAACCCCUGAGACUGGUGGAUGGUCGACUCGUGAAUUGCGAGCGAUCAUACGCGGUCUUGAUGGACUACACAUCGUGAGCGCUGACAUUGUGGAGGUUGCGCCGGCCUAUGACACGAACGCCGAACUUACCACUAUGGCUGCAGCUGAUGUUCUGUUCGAAGUGCUGGGAAUUAUGGCCAAGACGCCGCUCGGUAAGGUUGCCAGCAAAGCUUGAACAAUCAAAGCCUUCAUUUUGAAGGGGGGUUGAUGAUGGGAGGUCUACUCUUUUCUAUUAUCGC